UCGGGAGGCUGAGCGGCGGCAGUACGAGCGCCCGCAGCCCUGUUUCCCAGGCGGGGUGACCAGAUCGGCGUCGAGGCCUCGCUGCAGCCGGCGCGCGGGGGCCGGGGGCUGCCCGGGCCGGCCGGUUCUUCGGGCCCCGGGGAGGCCCCGGGGGGCCCGGGAAGCCAGGCUGCCGCGCGGCGUUGAUGAAAAAGGAUGACCGUGAAGCUGGGCGACGGCGGCGGCGGCAGCGAGGACGGGCUCAAGAAGCUGGGCAAGCGGCCGGCCGACGACGAGGCCCCAGGCGCGGGCGGCGCGGGCGCGGGCGAGCACGGCGGCGGCACAAAGGGCACCGGGCCGCAGUCCCCGCAGCGGGGCGGCCCCCAGGACCAGCACCACUUCCUUCGGUCCAGCGUGCGGCCGCAGAGCAAGAGGCCCCGGAAGGACGCGCCGGGUGCAGUGGGCGGCGGCGCGGGCGGCCCCGGGCCCCGCGGGAAAGGAGCUGAUGGUAGCGGAUCAUCGUCUGGAAGUGUGUCUGGGGUUGCCCCCGCCGCCCCUGCAGGGGGCUCGCGCUCCUCCUCCCGGAACCUAGGGUCUUCAGGUGGUGAGAAGGAGGAAGGCAAGAAGGUCCGGCGUCAGUGGGAGUCGUGGAGCACCGAGGACAAGAACACCUUCUUCGAGGGGCUGUACGAGCAUGGGAAAGACUUUGAAGCCAUCCAGAACAACAUCGCUCUGAAGUAUAGGAAGAAGGGCAGGCCUGCGAGCAUGGUGAAGAACAAGGAGCAGGUCCGGCACUUCUACUACCGCACCUGGCAUAAGAUCACCAAGUACAUCGACUUCGACAAUGUGUUCUCCCGAGGGCUGAAGAAGUCAUCGCAGGAGCUGUACGGCCUCAUCUGCUAUGGCGAGCUGCGCAAGAAGAUUGGGGGCUGUAUGGACGACAAGAACGCGUCAAAGCUGAACGAGCUCAUCCAGGCUGGGGCCACCACGGUACGUUACAAAGGGAGAAACCUGCGGAUCAAAGCACCCAUGUGCCGGGCCCUAAAGAAGCUCUGCGAUCCAGAUGGCUUGAGUGACGAAGAGGACCAGAAGCCAGUGCGCCUGCCCCUGAAAGUCCCUAUAGAGCUGCAGCCACGGAACAACCAUGCCUGGGCCCGCGUGCAGAGCCUGGCCCAGAACCCACGCCUCAGGAUGAUCGUGGAGCUGCACCGAAAGGUCUCCAGCCUCAUCGAAUUCCUGAAGCAGAAGUGGGCGCUCCACGAAGUGCGAAUUCGGAAGACCCUCGAGGAGCGGCAGCUGCAGGACUCGUGUGCUGCGCCCACUCAGGAGAAGGUGACGCUUCACCUGUUCCCCAGUGAGAACUGCACGCUGACGCCACUGCCAGGUGUGGCCCGCGUGGUGCACUCCAAGGCCUUCUGCACGGUGCACUGGCAGGAGGGCAGCCGGUGCAAGCAGAGCACAAAGGACGCCCAUGCGCUGCCCCCAGCCCAGAUCCUGGGCAUCCAGAGUGGGCAGGGCACAGCCCGGGGCCAAGUGAAGUGCCCGCGGGGCAGUGCUGAGGGCAAGAGCGGGGGACGGCCUCCUCCCACCGCUGACACCUCGCAGAGCUCUGGAGAGAGCUCCCCUGAAAGUGUCCCUGGGGAGGGGGCUGCCCCGAGCCUGAGUAGCCCAGAUGCUCCGGACCGGCCUCCCCCCAGGCACCAGGACCCUGAACAACAUCUUGAGAAGACUCCUACAGCGGGCAGGGACGGCCCCACCCGAGAGCCGGGGCCCUUGCCAUGUGCCUGUGGCCACCUCCCAGACCUGGAGGACGAGCUCUCACUCCUUGACCCCUUUCCCCGCUACCUGAAGUCCUGUCAGGACCUCAUCGUCCCUGAGCAGUGCCGCUGUGCGGACACUCAGCCCGGGAGCGAGCACCCUCUCCCUGCAGGAGCUCCCUCCCCAGAUGCUCCUGCUCCCCACAGCAGGGAGGCUGCUGACCUCGCCCCACUUGGCCUGGACCCUCAGCCCAGCCCUGGCCCUGGGCUCCUGCCAGAUGUUUGCACUAAAGACUCAGCAGAUGCACCUGCAGAGGAGCCCCAAGAGAAAGGGAGUCCCUCAGAGCCCCCACUGCCUCAGGGACAGCCUGCUGCCAGGCCCCUAAAGGAGGUCCCUGCUAGCCGGCUGGCCCAGCAGCUCCGUGAGGAAGGCUGGAACCUGCAGACCUCCGAGAGCCUUACGCUGGCUGAAGUCUACCUCAUGAUGGGCAAGCCGAGCAAGCUGCAGCUGGAGUAUGACUGGCUGGCCGUGCUGGGCCCUGAGGACCAGGGUCCCUGCCCUGGCCCCCCGCCCGCCACUCUCCACAAGCAGCGUCUCCUCAGCUGCCUUCUGAGGCUCAUCUCCACCGAGGUCAACCCCAAACUGGCUCCAGAAGCCAAUGCCAUGUCCAUGGCCUCGGUGAGGCCUGCCCAGGAGGAGCAGUCGACGACUCCCCCAGGGAAGAUGGUGACCAUCAGCUCCCGGAGCCCCCGCUGCCCUCGGAACCAGGCCACCCUCCGCAGCAAGACUUUCUCACCCAGCUCUGCACCUUGCCCCUCAGGUUUGAGAAACCCUCCAAGACCCCUCUUGGUGGCUGGUCCCUCCAGCACAGGAAGCAGUGACUCAGAUGGUGGCCUUUUCGCUGUCCCAACAACUUUGCCACCUAACAGCCGACACGGCAAGCUCUUCUCUCCUAGUAAGGAGGCAGAACUGACUUUCCGCCAGCAUCUGAGCUCCAUCAGUAUGCAGUCAGAUUUCUUCUUGCCAAAGCCCAGGAAAUUACGGAACCGGCACCUGCGGAAGCCAUUGGUGGUCCAGAGAACACUGCUUCCUAGACCGUCUGAGAGCCAGCCCCACAGCGUCUGCUCCUUCUCCGUCCUGUCUAAUUCCUCCGUCACAGGGAGAGGUUCCUUCCGGCCCAUCCAGUCUUCUCUGUCCAAAGCAGCUCUGUCUCGGCCAAUUGUGCCCAAGGUCCUUCCACCCCAGACCACGAGUCACCUGGCCAGUGCUAUUGACUUAGCAGCUAAAAGUGCCGGCAUCAUCCCUGGGAGCCCCCUCCCUGUCUUGGAUUCUGAGGGCUUGUCUGGCGUCUCUCCACUGUCUUCAGACAAGGUGACAGCUGCCGUCUCAAGUCAGGACUGCACUGGAACCCACCAGAAUGGAGACCCUAUCCCUGCCGUGGGGGGCACAAGCAACCCAUUCAUCAGCGUCCCCUCAAGGCCUGAGCAGGAGCCUGUGGCAGAUGGUUUCCAGCAGGGUGCAUCCAUUCUCUCCUUGUCCGAGCUGCCCAAGGCUCCUCUCCAGAACGGCCUCUCCACACCCCUGCCUUCAACAGAGACCUCCAGCACCCGGCUCUCUCCGCCCAACGUCUCUGCACUGCUGGACAUCUCCCUGCCUGGCCCACCCGAGGACGUGCUGUCGCAGGGGGAGCCCGCCACACACAUCAGCGACUCCAUCAUCGAGAUUGCCAUCAGCUCUGGCCAGUACGGUGAAGGGGUCCCUCUUUCUCCAGCAAAACUGAAUGGCAGUGACAGUUCCAAGAGUCUGCCUUCCCCGUCCAGCAGCCCCCAGCCAAACUGGAUCACUUCUCCCACCCACGACCCGCAGUGGUACCCCAGUGACUCCACAGACUCCUCACUCAGCAGCUUGUUAGCAAGUUUCAUCUCCCCAGAGAAGAGCCGGAAAAUGUUGCCAACUCCUGUUGGGACAAACAGUGGUACCUCCUUGCUUGGCCCCAGCUUGCUGGAUGGAAACUCGCGGGACUCAUUUGUGUCCAGAUCCCUGGCCGAUGUUGCAGAGGUGGUGGAUUCCCAGCUGGUGUGCAUGAUGAAUGAAAACAGCAUUGAUUACAUAUCUCGGUUCAAUGACCUGGCCCAAGAGCUAUCCAUCACGGAGCCUGGCCGCCGAGAGAUUCUAUUCGAUAACAGUGGAGGUGGCCCCCCCACUGGUGACCUCUCCCAGUGACCACACUUCAUGGCAGGGGCACUCUGCAGGCUGUAUGGGAGGGCUUACGGGCUGGUAGUCCUUAUCUGUGGUAGAUGAAACCUUCUUCAAACUAUAGAAAACAAAUCAAGCCCAGGACCCCACAGACAGUCUGAACAGAGGCACCUCUGCACCCCACAGUGUGCAACAUACAGGAAUAGCUGGUCACAGCCAAUUCCCAAUGAACAGAGGGCGGUGGUGUCCCAGGCUGAGGACAGGAACUGCCAUGGUGUGGGAGCGGCACCUCACCAGUGCCAGACGGCAUGAGGCUCUGCAGCAAUCCUGUUUCAGCCCACAUUCUGCCUCAUUGGCUGCGCUAGACAUUCGUGGGUUUUCUCUGUGGGAGAAGGGAGUGUGUAUGCCUUGGCCUUGUCAUUGCGUACUGGGGAGUUGCCAUCUCCCCUCCUUGCAGGGAGGCUCCGGGACAUUGCCACUGUCCUUUUGCCAAAUCUGUGCCACAGUGCAGCCAUUCUCUAUGUGGAUGACGGGGAGGACAGUGGCUGUGGCCUGGGCUCCUGCCUCUUGGUAUCCACACCCUGAGACAGCAGAUACUUCAGGGGGCAGCAGAAGGGUCCCAGGGCAGUGUCAGCAGUGCCAGCACCUCAAAAACACUGACCCUUGCUUAGUGCUUCCCAUCCAGAGGUUUUCUCCUGGCCGACUUAACAGGAAGGGGAGAGAACCAUGUCUUUUGCAGGCUGUGUGGGCUGCCUGUAUGAUCCUGCUAAGCAGGCUGAAAGUGUUAUUCUUGUGUUGUAAGAAUGAGGAAACAUGGGAGAGGAAGAACAGAGUCCCCUGUUUGGUUGGUUUUCUUCCCAUGUCCAUCUGCAGUUUUCUUCUAGGUGGUCUCAUGUUAUUUCUCUGGGAAGACCCUUAAGUACUACUACAACUACAGAUAAGGCUUCUUCAAUGCUGGAGGUAUUACUGUUUGGCACCUGAGACAAAUCUGUCUUUGCGGGGAAGGUCUUCUCUUCUCCCUUUCACUGGCAGUGGUAUGGGGUGUCCCCUGUGCACAUACUUAAUCCUUCACAAGUACCUUUGCCCACAGGCAGAAUGUUUCUCUUCUUCCAGGUCAGGGAACCGAGGCAAAGGUUCAGACAUCCAGAUGUGGUCAGAGCUCACCAAACUCUUGUCCUUUUGGUGGUUUCUUCCUCAACCCCCAUUAGGUGACCAGUUGUCAUUCCUGGGGAUGGUCCAACAUCCAGUCUUUCCCCAGAAUGGAGCACCAAGGGUUCUUUUGCUAUCUCAGCUCUGGAGGUGCAAACACACGAAUCACUUUCCAGCUACGUCCAGGUGUGGCUGGGAGCCAUGCUGUGGUGUCAGGCAGGUAAUGCCUGUGCCACAGUCCCACCUCCCACUUCUCCCUCAGCCCAGUAACCAGGAUUGAUUUGGCUUUUCUAACCCAUCCGCAUACCACUUCCUUGCCCCCCCCAUCUUUCCCCUCCUGUGAGGGGUGGCAGCUUUUUGUGCCAACCCCUGCCCUCUCUACCGGCUUCUCUCUCUGUCCUCAGUGAAGAAGGGAACCAGGUAAAAAGGGGAAGGCAGGUAAUGGGCACACUCAGCCACUCUAGACUACAGACUGGUCGUGUACUCAGAGCCAGUGGGAGGAGAUGGAGGGGACAGUGGGCUUCUGGGCAGGAGCUUCCAUCCUUUGUCUCAAGCUUUUCUGAUCUUUUCCUGUAAGGUGGCUUCCCUCCUUCAGCUCUUGACACAGGAUCUUAAGAAAACAGCCCCAAAGUUCUGCAGGGAUGCAAAAAGGAACAUGGUGCUGCUUUACUGAGAGAUUUAGGCAGCGAUGUUCAAAGCAGAGUAUCUUUGAACCAGUUUGUGUUUUGUGCCUAAUAUAUCAGCCUCUUGAAAUUAGCAUCCUACUAAGCUGAGGAGGGUCAGUGGCUCUCUGGACAUCUAAUUUGCUCGUCUGUGGUAGGUUAGGAUACCAGGCUGAGCCUGGGCACUGCUGACUUUCUCGUGCUCCCAUAGUCAAGGACCAUCGAUGCCGAGUCAGUGCAGCACUGAUGCUGGGGCAGUGCCUGACAGCAACACGUGCUGCACCAGAAGGGAGAGGCAUGAGUUGCUUGUCCAUUGGGGACACCCCAAAGCAGUCUGUGUUACUCAGUGACACCUAAAAGGAGAACCUUGUAGAUUAGACUCACUUUUGUAGGCUCUUUAUCCAGAAGCAUGUGGUUCUUUGGCCUAGCGUCCAUUCGGCAACAGCUGACUGUGGCCUUUUCUCAUCUGGUAGGUAGGUAGGUUACAGAGGAGGGUGGACUGACCUGUCUGUUGUAUAAUAAAGUUGACAGGAUUCUGAAAAUUCUGCUGCUGCUUUAGCAACAGGCAGGUAUAUGCACUGCUUGCCACAUCGAGGGGAAAUAGUGUCAUUUGUAGCAGAAACCCAAUGGAUGCAUUUUCUCCCAGCCUAAAUGAAUACUUAUGUAUAAAAGCAGGCAGCUGUUGAAAGCUAAAAUUUUCAAAAGAUCCAAGCAGAGAAGCCUCCACUUCCUGCAUCUUCCUCUGCCUUUCCAAAAGAAGUUGUGAUGGUCUCAGCGUGAGCCUGUGGCUUCCUCUGUGCAUCUGAGCAUGUCGUGAUUAAGACGAGAUCAGUUUCUUGAAAAAAAUUCCUAGUCCCUCUAAUGUUGUCUGGGAUAUUUUUGCUGAUUCAUCCUUUCUAAAGAUUGAGACCAAGUAUCUCUGAUGUCAAGGAAGUUGGUGUUUUGGCCUCAGUUAUUCACUGUGAAUAUGCCGUGGUGAGCAUUCCAUCCUUUAGAGGAUGCAGAGGCAAGUUGAGGCUCAUGACUUUUUUUUCACCUUUCUGUAUCUUGCAGGUGUAGCAUACUUGCUCAGGGAGUGGGGAUCUUGGGGGACAGUUCAUCAGCCCAUCAGUUCUUAGCAGAAUCCCAUUCUUUGUUCAUCAGCCCAUCAGUUCUUAGCAGAAUCCCAUUCUUUGUCAUUCUGCCUGUGGCCUCAUUACUCGUGGAUGACCUUUUCAGUUUAAUAGAAUCUAACUAGAUCACACCAUUGAGUCCAAACCUGGUCUGCAAAGAAAAGUGGAAUACAACACUCCGGGAACAAGUUGGGAGGGAAACAAUUACGUUUUCUCUUUAAGCGUUGAGAUCUGUCAGAUGCAUUUGUGAGGCAAUGUAGCACUUUGUCUUAAGAAAAUCUAAGAGGAAAGAUUUAAUUUGAAAAACAGAACAGAAAAGGAAAACGCACAGAACCUUUCCCAGCUGUCAAAGUUCUCCUAUCUCGCAGUAACUUGUGAGUCACAUGAAGUCAGUUGAAUCCCGGAAGCGCUGCAGCAACCUGUACCCUUGGCGCUCUAACAGCAUAACUCGCUCCAGAGCGGAUGGGCGGGGCAGCAGAACUUAUUGCUGUUUCCUUUAAUAAUCAUUAAGCCAUAUCAUCAAAGGUUUUCGGCUUGAGAUGUGAAUUUGUUUUAUAGAUUAUAAAUAUACAGUGUAUGUAUAAAGCAGAAUGCCUGUCCUUCCUGAUUAUUUUUUU